GUUGACAUUUUUGGUGUUGCUGGACGCACUUCCGGCCCAGCUGGGUUCAGCCCAUGGACGUGUUGACGGGAGGGGUUGUCCCCGGACGCUCGCCUGGGCCGGCCUCGCGGAUUCGAGCGAUCUGCUUUCGCUAAACGCCCUCGCACGGCUUCAACAUCUCUUUAAGUCACUGUUUUUGGACCUCGGCGGAAGACUGGCGAGUUUUUCGACGGAUUGUAGUUGAACGCGGAUGCCCCCCCCCGGCCCUUCGCUUGUUGGUCGUGUCUAACGUGUCCAGCUGAUUGCAUUGAGUGCCUUUCAAUUAUUGCUCUUCAAACGUAAAUCGACACUUUAGCGGCUCGCCUUUUCACCUUUUUUUUUGAGGAUUAUUCAACCAGACGAGGACGUUUUGUUCUCGUCCGUGUCGCCUUUCCCCAGUUUUUUCAAAUUAUUAUUAUUUUUUUUUGGAGGGGGUAGGCUCCAGCGAGAGAGCAGGCCGCAGAAUCAUCCCCGGCCUCGCGUCGCCUGCGGCCGGCUGCCAUGGGCGACACCAGUGAGAGAAGCAAGCCGCCCGGCCUCCCUCCCCGGUGUCCGUGCGGCUUUUGGGGGUCCAGCAAGACCAUGAAUAUGUGUUCCAAGUGUUUUGCUGACAUCAAGAAGAAGCAACCGGGCGAGGACAGCCAAUCGGCCGUCUUCACCAGCGGCAGCGGCGAGACCGCCGCAGCCACCGCCACCAAGGCUCCAUCGAUAUCGUCGUCGCCGUCUUUGUCCCCGCCCACCGCCAUGAAGCCGCCGGCCGCCGAGGAAGCCUCGCCGUUGUUCGCCACCUCCGCCGAGAGCGUGUCGUCGACAGUGACGGCGCAGGGGACGAUGCAGGCGCCUGCAAAACGUCCUCGAGAGUCGGCCUCCACUUCGGAAAGCGAGGCCACGCCGGAGAAGCGGCCACGGGCUGAGGCGAAAGAAGAAGAACAAGAAGAUGGAGAGGAGGCGGGGGGCGGCACGCCCAAGCAGAAGAACCGCCGGCGCUGCUACAGCUGCCAAAGCAAACUGGAGCUGGUGCAGCAGGAACUGGGCUCCUGUCGCUGUGGCUACGUGUUCUGCAUGCUGCACCGGCUCCCCGAGCAGCACGACUGCCUCUUCGACCAUCUAGGGCGCGGGCGGCAGGAGGCCGUCCUCAAGAUGGUCAAGCUGGACCGCAAGGUGGGCCGCUCGUGCCAGCGCAUCGGCGAGGAGUGCUCCUGAUGGGCCGCGCCCGCCGAGCGACGCAGACGCGUGUGGCUGGACGGAGGCAAGAAGGGAAAAGGAGCAAGAGGAGGAGGAGGAGGAGUCAGAGCCACUUUGGACCCGGACGCCGCUCACACUCGCUCAGCCUUAAACAACCCCCCCCCCCACCCCCGUCCCACCCACCCCUGCUGGUCUCUGGUCCACUUGCACGAGUUUUUCCAUCACCCACAGGAAGUUGCGCAGAACUUUUGCCGUCUUCUCUCUCAGGUCGAACCCGCCUUCCUCCUCCUCCUCCUCCUCCUCCUUCUUCACUUGUUUGGGGAGCGGCAUGUUCGCCGCCCUUUCUGAACUGGACUUCUGAUCGCAUGGACUCCAGGAGAACACAAUCCCAUCUGUGUCGUAGUUGCGUGCGUGCACACGUGAGAGCUUCCUCUUCCUCCUCACGGUGCUCGGUACAUAGUUCCUCGCUGCACGGAGUGGGGAAGUACGACUGAAGUUUUUUUUUUUUUUCUGUCCUUUGGGGUGGCGGCGAAGUUGUUCACCAAAACAUGGCUGCCGAGCAUCUGAAAUCAUGACGUGACCUCCCCAAAGGCUUCUGUUAAUUUAUUUGAUUCUUGGGGUUGUGUUUCAUGGUUAUAAUUAAUCGAUGGGGUGUGGUUUGUACUUUUUUUGAUUGUGGGAGUGUUUGCUUGUUUUGGAGUGUGAACCGAGUCUUUUCUUCCUUGUGUUAAAUUGACGCUCGCGACAUGGGCUGAAGCUAACGCGAGCCUCUUCCUGUGUCUUUGCGGGCAUUCGUUGUGAUUCGGGGCUCUACCAAAUUUCAUUUUGUGAGGUGAAACACACUUGGGGGGGGAAUUAACACAAAAUUGCCUCUUGGAAAGCAAAAUUGCUGACUUCCUGUCGUUUCUUGAGAUUGUGACCAAACGCUGUUGCUUAUUAAAAACUGGCUUUUCAAAGCGAGACACCAACGCAAUGACAAAAAUUCCCGUUUUUUUUCCCACAUUUGGUGUUGUCUGUCCAUCUCGUAGACACAUUCGAUAUUUGCUAUCAGACAACAUUUCUCAAUCUUUGAAGAACUCGACCGUUCGAAAAGACUGUGGUGUCCUCGCUCUCGAUUGGCAAAAAAAUCUUGUCGCGUUUCCGUCAGUGUCACAACUCAAUGGAGAUGCGACAGGAAAACCAAGCAACUUGCCAGUUGGUCCCGGUCCUCUUGAAGCUCUUCCUCCUCACACAGAGAUGCGCGGCGGCGCUUAAAGUGAGAGGAAAGGAAACGGUGCGGAUCUUUGUUUUGGGGAUUUGUUUUGUUUUUUUGAGUGCUGAUGAGAAACGGAAGAACAAGAAAAUAUCUUUGUGUACCUUUUUAAAGCAAAGAAUUAUUUAACCGUAUAUCAGUUUGAGUUACUUACACCCUAGCAUAGAGUGGCAUAGUUUCAAUGUAUUACGAAAGCAGAAUUCUGUCCUUAUUUUCUCCUUUUUAAUUUUAUUGUGUUGCGUUUUCUGAUGAGGAAAUAAACUGGAGUAGAUGA